GGCCCGCAGCCCUGCGGCACCGGCGGCGCACGGCAGCGGCACCGGCGGCUCUAGCGGGCCGGGCCGGCGCUCCGCGGGCACGGCGGGCCGGCAGCAUGUCCACCAAGGCGGAGCAGUUUGCUUCCAAAAUCCGAUACCUUCAAGAAUACCACAACCGGGUUCUCCACAACAUAUACCCUGUGCCCUCUGGAACUGACAUUGCAAAUACUCUGAAAUACUUUUCUCAGACGUUAUUGAGCAUUUUGUCCCGCACAGGGAAGAAGGAGAAUCAAGAUGCCUCCAAUUUGACAGUGCCCAUGACCAUGUGUCUUUUUCCUGUGCCAUUCCCACUCACCCCAUCUCUAAGACCACAGGUCAGUUCCAUCAACCCUACUGUUACUCGCUCCCUCCUUUACAGCGUCCUGCGAGAUGCUCCAUCUGAACGUGGCCAGCAAAGUCGUGAUGCUCAGUUAUCAGACUACCCAUCCUUGGACUAUCAAGGACUUUACGUGACACUGGUGACACUACUGGAUCUAGUUCCCUUGCUACAGCAUGGGCAACAUGAUCUUGGGCAGUCAAUUUUUUACACUACUACAUGCUUACUUCCUUUUCUCAGUGAUGAUAUUUUGAGUACUUUACCCUAUACAAUGAUUUCAACAUUAGCUACCUUUCCUCCAUUUCUGCACAAGGAUAUUAUAGAGUAUCUCAGCACAUCUUUUCUGCCUAUGGCUAUAUUGGGAUCUUCAAAACGAGAAGGUGUUCCAGCACAUGUCAAUUUGUCUGCAUCAUCAAUGCUGAUGAUUGCAAUGCAGUACACAUCAAACCCAGUGUAUCACUGCCAAUUAUUGGAAUGCCUCAUGAAAUAUAAGCAAGAAGUAUGGAAAGAUUUGCUAUAUGUAAUAGCCUAUGGACCAUCUCAAGUUAAACCUCCAGCAGUACAAAUGUUAUUUCACUAUUGGCCCAAUUUAAAACCACCUGGGGCAAUCAGUGAGUACAGAGGACUGCAGUACACAGCCUGGAAUCCUAUUCAUUGCCAGCACAUUGAAUGCCAUAAUGCAAUUAACAAACCAGCUGUGAAGAUGUGCAUUGACCCAUCCCUGUCAGUGGCUUUGGGUGAUAAACCACCCCCCCUAUAUCUUUGUGAAGAAUGCAGCCAAAGAAUUGCAGGGGAUCACAGUGAAUGGUUGAUUGAUGUUCUUCUGCCACAAGCUGAAAUUUCUGCUAUAUGUCAGAAGAAGAACUGCAGCUCCCACGUCAGAAGAGCUGUUGUCACCUGCUUCUCGGCGGGCUGCUGCGGCCGCCACGGCAACAGGCCGGUGCGCUACUGCAAGAGGUGCCACUCGAACCACCACAGCAGCGAGGUGGGCGCGGCCGCAGAGACACACCUGUACCAGACCUCGCCCCCGCCCAUCAACACGCGCGAGUGCGGCGCCGAGGAGCUCGUGUGCACGGUGGAGGCUGUCAUCAGCUUGCUGAAAGAAGCAGAGUUUCAUGCAGAGCAGAGGGAGCAUGAACUCAACCGAAGGAGGCAGAUGGGCCUUUCCUCUUCCCAUCACUCCCUGGACAACACAGACUUUGAUAAUAAAGAUGAUGACAAGCAUGACCAGCGCCUCCUGAGUCAGUUUGGUAUAUGGUUCUUGGUGAGCCUUUGCACUCCCAGUGAGAAUACACCCACAGAGAGCUUGGCAAGGCUGGUUAGCAUGGUGUUCCAGUGGUUUCACUCUACAGCUUACAUGAUGGAUGAUGAAGUUGGUAGCCUGGUUGAAAAGCUGAAGCCCCAGUUUGUUACUAAGUGGUUGAAGACUGUUUGUGAUGUCCGGUUUGAUGUCAUGGUUAUGUGCCUCCUUCCCAAGCCAAUGGAGUUUGCCAGGGUUGGUGGAUACUGGGACAAAUCAUGCAGUGCUGUAACCCAGUUAAAAGAAGGGCUGAAUCGAAUCCUUUGCUUGAUUCCCUACAACGUGAUAAACCAGUCGGUGUGGGAGUGCAUCAUGCCAGAGUGGCUGGAAGCUAUAAGGACAGAAGUGCCUGAUAACCAGCUGAAGGAGUUUCGGGAGGUGCUGAGCAAAAUGUUUGACACUGAACUUUGUCCUCUGCCCUUCUCCUUGGAGGAGAUGUUUGGUUUUAUUAGCUGUCGAUUCACAGGGUAUCCAUCUUCUGUGCAAGAGCAGGCGUUGCUCUGGCUGCAUGUGUUGUCUGAACUAGACAUUGUUGUUCCUCUUCAGUUACUAAUCAGCAUGUUUUCUGAUGGAGUUAAUUCUGUAAAAGAAUUAGCAAAUCAAAGAAAAUCAAGAGUCAGUGAACUGGCAGGAAAUCUUGCAGCUCGGAGGGUAAGCGUUGCUUCUGACCCUGGGCGCAGAGUUCAGCACAACAUGCUGAGUCCUUUCCCAAGCCCCUUCCAGAGCCCAUUUCGGAGUCCAAUUCGUAGUCCUUUCCACAGCCCUUUCAAGAAUUUUGGGCAUCCUAGUGGAAAAAGCAUUGAUUUUGAGUGUGAAGAUGAGGAAAUGAAUCUUAAUUGCUUCAUUCUGAUGUUUGAUCUAAUCCUGAAGCAGAUGGAGCUCCAAGAUGAUGGUGUCACUAUGGGCCUAGAGAACAGCAUCUCAAAAGAUAUAAUAUCCAUCAUAAACAAUGUGUUUCAGGCACCCUGGGGUGGUUCUCACACUUGUCAGAAAGAUGAAAAAGCAGUUGAAUGUGGUCUGUGCCAGUCCAGCAUUCUGUGUUACCAGCUGGGUUUUGAGCUGCUGGAACAGCUUGCUCCAAAGGAAGAAAUCAGGCUUGUGGAGCCCACAGAUAACCUGGAGGAUAGUCUUCUGUAUACUAGACCUGAGUUUAUUAUAGGAACUGAAGGAGAAGAGGAAGACAAAUCAGCACCAAAGCAUGGAGAAAACCCAGGAAAUCACACAGAGACCACAGAAAAUGCUGCAAUAAAGAAUGACACAGAAAGGAAGUUUUGUUAUCAGCAACUUCCAGUUACCUUGAAGCUCAUAUACACUAUAUUACAGGAAAUGUCAAGGUUUGAAGAACCAGAUAUUCUUUUUAACAUGCUGAAUUGUCUGAAGAUCCUGUGUCUUCAUGGGGAAUGCCUGUAUAUAGCAAGAAAAGACCAUCCACAAUUUCUUGCCUAUAUUCAAGAUCACAUGUUGAUUGCAAGCUUAUGGGGAGUUGUGAAGUCUGAGUUCUCUCAACUUUCUUCCCUGGCUGUCCCACUUCUUCUUCAUGCGCUUUCGCUUCCUCAUGGAGCUGACAUUUUCUGGACAAUCAUAAACAGCAAUUUCAACAGUAAAGACUGGAAGAUGAGAUUUGAAGCAGUUGAGAAAGUGGCUGUGUUGUGCAGAUUUUUGGAUAUUCACUCUGUGACAAAAAACCACCUACUGAAGUACUCUUUGGCUCAUGCAUUCUGCUGUUUCCUGACUGCUGUGGAAGAUGUCAACCCAGCAGUGGCUACGAGAGCUGGGCUUUUACUUGACACCAUAAAGAGACCAGCUUUGCAGGGUCUCUGCCUCUGCCUUGAUUUCCAGUUUGAUACAGUUGUCAAGGAUAGGCCCACAAUUCUUAGUAAGCUUUUGCUACUUCAUUUUCUAAAAGCAGAUAUCCCAGCUUUGAGCUGGGAGUUUUUUGUGAAUCGCUUUGAGACCCUGUCUUUGGAGGCACAGCUUCAUCUGGACUGCAACAAAGAAUUUCCUUUCCCAACAACCAUCACUGCUGUCCGGACGAACGUGGCCAACCUGAGCGACGCGGCGAUGUGGAAGAUCAAGAGGGCGCGGUUCGCGCGGAACCGCCAGAAGAGCGUGCGCUCCCUGCGCGACAGCGUCAAGGGCCCCGCCGAGUCCAAGAGAGCGCUCUCCCUGCCCGAAACCUUCACCACCAAAAUCCCUGUGAGCUUGACCAGACAUGAGCAGUCUGCACCAGCACUUGGAGGAACACCAGAGCAAACACCAGGACAACCUUCUCCAGAGAAUGAUAAUACAAUAAAAGACCUGCUGCCAGAGGAUGCUGGGAUUGACCACCAGACUGUCCACCAGCUCAUCACAGUGCUCAUGAAGUUCAUGGCCAAGGAUGAGAGCAGCGCAGAGUCGGACAUCAGCAGCGCCAAAGCUUUCAACACAGUCAAGCGCCAUCUGUACGUGCUGCUGGGCUACGACCAGCAGGAGGGAUGCUUCAUGAUUGCACCUCAAAAGAUGCGUGUUUCAACCUGCUUUAAUGCCUUUAUUGCUGGAAUAGCACAGGUGAUGGACUAUAACAUCAACCUGGGAAAGCACCUUCUUCCCUUGGUGGUGCAAGUGUUGAAAUAUUGUACUUGUCCUCAGCUGAGGCAUUACUUCCAGCAGCCUCCUCGCUGCUCCCUCUGGUCCCUCAAGCCUCACAUUCGGCAGAUGUGGUUAAAGGCUUUGCUUGUAAUUCUCUAUAAGUACCCCUACAGAGACUGUGAAAUCAGCAAGAUUGUACUUCACCUAAUCCACAUCACAGUCAAUACCCUCAAUGCUCAGUAUCACAGCUGCAAGCCCCAUGCAACUGCUGGUCCUUUGUAUAGUGACAACAGCAACAUAAGCCGGUACAGUGAAAAGGAGAAAGCAGAGGAAGACAGUGUUUUUGAUGAAUCUGAUAUUCAUGAUACACCAACUGGACCUUGUAAUAAGGAAUCUCAAACUUUCUUUGCAAGACUGAAGAGAAUUGGUGGCAGCAAAAUGGUGAAAUAUCAGCCAGUUGAGAUGAAUGCUCAGAGAAGUGAAAUAGAGCUGGCUGAGUACAGAGAGACGGGGGCCUUACAAGACAGCAUUCUGCGCUGCGUGAGAGAAGAGAGCAUUCAGAAGAAGAGGCUGCGCUCUCUGAAGCAGAAGUCCCUGGACAUAGGGAACGCAGACUCGCUGCUGUUCUCGCUGGACGAGCACCGCAGGAAGUCGUGCAUCGAGCGCUGCGACCUGGAGCGGCCCGUCCCCGCGGCGCACGGCGCGCACCGGCACAGCGACCACGGCCGCUCCCGCCACGGCUCCUCCGCCAGAGCCGAGGGCGCCGACGCGCAGGAGGGCCUUCCCCGCGCUGACAGCCUCCAGGAAGCUAAAAGGCCUGUCAUACCAGAGGUUAGGCUCAAUUGCAUGGAAACAUAUGAAGUGAAAGUGGAUUCCCCAAUUCAAACUGCUGGGCCCAAGGAAGAUUUAGAUCUGAUAGAUUUGUCCUCCGAUUCGACAUCGGGUCCUGAAAAACACUCGGUGCACUCCACUUCAGACAGUGACUCUUUAGUCUUUGAGCCACUUCCUCCUCUUAGAAUAGUGGAGAGUGAUGAAGAAGAAGAAACAGCAAACCCGCUGAAUGAUGAGGUCUCUGGCAAAACUGCUGUUUCAUCUCCUUCAACUCCUAUCAAUGUGUCUGCCCUCAGCCUCAGCACAACUCCACUGGUACAGUUCAGCAUUGAAGAUUGCUCCAAAGACUUCAGUUACAAGGAUGCAAGCAACAGCGCUCCAGCAGGAAUAGAGGAGGUCAUUUCCACUUCUCCCAAAGAUCAGAAGAACUCUUCAGAGUUAGUUAAGCUGGAAGAAUUUCAGGACAUGUCCUCUGGAAACUCACUAACAUUGAAACAGAAAAGAGACCUGCUGCAGAAAUCAUCUGCCCUUCCAGAAAUGUCCCUUGAUGAUAACUCUGAGCUCAGUGUGGAGGAAAUUAAACCUAGUGGAACAAUUCCAAGCCCAAAUGUAAAGACAGUCCUUAUUAAAGUCCCUGAGGAUUCUGAAAAGCAAAUAGAGAGUGAUAAACUUGAUACCAAUACAGAGUCUGACACCGAACAAAACACAGAGCAGAAACAAGAAGGGGAGACCGAGGAGUCAGAAUUUAAGAUUCAGAUUGUUCCUCGCCAGAGGAAGCAAAGGAAGAUUGCUGUGAGUGCUAUUCAGAGAGAAUACCUGGACAUUUCUUUUAACAUCCUUGACAAGCUGGGAGAGCAGAAGGAGGCAGAUCCUGCUGCCAAAGGACUUUCAACACUGGAAAUGCCAAGAGAGUCAUCAUCUGCACCAACCCUUGAAGCAGGUGUUCCAGAGACAAGUAGUCACUCUUCCAUAUCAACUCAGUUCAGACAAAUGAAAAGAGGCUCUUUGGGAGCUCUGACAAUGAACCAGCUAAUGAAGAGGCAGCUGGAACACCAGUCUAGUGCUCCCCACAAUAUCAGCACUUGGGAUACUGAGCAGAUACAGCAUGGAAAGAGGCUGUGCAAUGUUCCUGUUUGCCUAAACCCAGAUUUGGAGGGACCACCACUGAGAAUCAGAGGUGCUACAAAAUCCAGUUUGCUGUCAGCACCCAGUAUAGUCAGCAUGUUUGUACCUGCUCCAGAAGAAUUUGCUGAUGACCAGCCCAUUCUGAUGACUGACAAGUGCCAUGACUGUGGGGCUGUUCUUGAAGAAUAUGAUGAAGAAACACUUGGUCUGGCCAUAGUUGUGCUCUCAACCUUCAUUCACCUCAGUCCAGACUUGGCUGCUCCUCUGCUCUUGGAUAUUAUGCAGUCUGUAGGAAGGUUGGCAUCAAGUACCACUUUUUCUAAUCAAGCAGAAAGCAUGAUGAUCCCUGGAAAUGCUGCAGGUGUGGCCAAGCAGUUCCUCCGUUGUGUGUUCCACCAGCUAGCUCCCAAUGGCAUCUUCCCUCAGCUCUUCCAGAGCAUUAUUAAAGAUGGAAGCUUUUUACGGACCUUAGCCACGUCUCUGAUGGACUUCAGUGAGCUGAGUUCCAUUGCUGCUCUGAGCCAGCUGUUAGAGGGCUUAAACAACAAAAAGAAUUUGCCAGCAGGGGGUGCGAUGCUUCGCUGUUUGGAAAACAUCGCUACUUUUAUGGAAGCCUUGCCGAUGGAUUCCCCCAGCAACCUCUGGACCACAAUCAGUAAUCAGUUUCAGACCUUCCUUACUAAACUCCCAUGUGUUUUGCCUCUGAAGUGUUCUUUAGACUCUAGUUUAAGAAUCAUGAUUUGCUUGUUGAAGAUACCUACCACUAGUGCCACUAGGAGUCUUCUGGAACCUUUUUCAAAAUUACUAAGUUUUGUAAUUCAGAAUGCUGUCUUCACUCUGGCCUACCUGGUGGAGCUAUGUGGUUUGUGCUACAGAGCCUUCACAAAGGAAAGGGACAAAUUCUACUUGACACGCUGUGUUAUAUUGGAGUUACUGCAGGCACUCAAAUUAAAGUCGCCCUUACCAGACCUGAAUCUGCUGCUAUUGGUGCAGUUUGUUUGUGCAGAUGCUGGAACAAAACUAGCUGAGUCAACAAUCCUACAUAAACAGAUGAUUGCCUCAAUGCCUGGAUGUGGAACAGCAGCAAUGGAAUGCAUGAGGCAGUAUGUUGGGGAAGUGCUGGAUUUCAUUGCAGAUAUGCAUACAUUAACCAAAUUGAAGAGUCACAUGAAGACUUGUUCUCAGCCACUGCAUGAAGACACCUUUGGUGGACAUCUGAAAGUUGGUUUAGCUCAGAUUGCUGCUAUGGAAAUCACCCGGGGAAACCACAGGGACAACAAAGCUGUGAUCCGGUAUUUGCCUUGGCUUUACCAUCCUCCUUCAGCAAUGCAGCAAGGGCCCAAAGAGUUCAUAGAAUGUGUCUCACACAUUCGUUUGCUGUCCUGGCUACUUCUGGGGUCUCUGACACACAAUGUUGUCUGUCCAAAUUCUCCAUCAUCUUGCAUGCCUAUUCCACUGGAUGCAGGUUCACAAAUUGCUGACCACCUUAUUGUUAUUCUGAUUGGGUUUCCAGAACAAUCAAAGACAUCUGUUCUGCACAUGUGUUCCCUGUUCCAUGCAUUUAUAUUUGCUCAGCUCUGGACAGUGUAUUGUGAACAAACAGCAGUAGCUCCGACAGUUCAGAAUCAGAAUGAGUUUAGCUUUACAGCCAUCCUCACAGCCCUGGAGUUCUGGAGCAGAGUGACACCCAGCAUCCUGCAGCUAAUGGCACAUAACAAAGUGAUGGUGGAAAUGGUGUGCCUGCAUGUGAUCAGCUUAAUGGAGGCUUUACAAGAAUGCAACUCUACUAUCUUUGUAAAGCUCAUACCAAUGUGGCUGCCAAUGAUACAGUCAAACCUAAAGCAUUUAUCUGCUGGCCUUCAGCUGCGCCUCCAAGCCAUCCAGAGCAAUGUGAACCAUCACAGCCUGAGGAUGUUACAGGGCUCAGGACAAAUGAACAACAGCUCCUCUGUGCUCCGCAAGUGGCUGCAGUGUACCCAGUUUAAAAUGGCUCAAGUAGAAAUUCAGUCAUCAGAAGCUGCAUCUCAGUUUUAUCCUUUAUGAUUCAUGUAAUUUGUUCCAAAAUAUUCAUUUUUUUUAGCCUAGCAAUAACAGGAUUAGAGCUGUAAAAGACCUUUUGUAUAAAUAUACAGAGUAUAUACUAUAUCUAAACUUUUUAGCCUAGGACAGAUUGUGAAAAAGCUUAUAAUGGGUGAAGCUAAGAGCCUGCUCCUGCCAGUUUUUAAUUACAGUUACUCAGGAUCAACAGGCUCUAAGUCUGUGUUCAUAAACAUGGAUUGGACUCAAACCUAUCAUGUUGUACAUAUCUCUCUAAUCAUUGAAAUAACUUGUUCUUAAAUGUUCCUUUACAUUAUUUUUGAAGCUAAAACAAAAAUCGCUUUUCUUUAACUUCUAUUUUUUUUAAAAAUAGAAUUGUGGGUAUUCACAAACAUGGAAGUGCUAUGUUGCUAUUUUUUGACAAUUCCAAAAGAAAAUAGGGUUUUUAGGAACCUUUAUAUAAGUUUUUAGGGGGGAUGUCUUUUUUUUUUUUUUUUUUUUUUUUUUAGAUUCACAGCUGGCAAUGCAAUAAAAUCUGUCACUAUAAAACAGUGAUGUUCUAAUGAGGCUUUUUGUCAUCAUCUUCUGGGAAAACAGCAGCUUGUAAGGAGAGUCGUUAUGAAGUGCACUUAGAAAUUAGGUUGUUAAACUGUGCCAAUUAAUUUGUGGGUUUUUUCAGUACAUUUUCCAAAACUGCCAGGUCUGAUUUAUUUUUUCUUUAAAUACUGCUCUUACUUCAUUGAUUCUCUGCUGCUCUUCUUUGUAGGUUUCAUAGAAGCCUCUUUAUUUUUGUGACUACUGUAUUGUAUUCUUCUGUCAAUACUUGUAUACAGUGCAAUUAAAAAGAUAUCCCCAA